UUUUUUUUGUGUGAAAUACUUUUAGAUCCCUAAAAACAGAUCCUUCAUUGUUCUGAAAUCAAAUCCAAAAUUUCAUGGAUCUUGCACCAGAACAGCUGCAGUAUCUUACUCUCACUGAAAUCGUCAAAGAAUCAGUCACAAUUCCAAAAUCAGCUCGAAAGACGUUUUCUUUCAUAACCCUAGCACUGAUUUUCCCUCUCUCCUUUGCCAUCUUAGCCCAUUCCCUCUUCACUCAUCCUCUCCUCAAACAAAUCGAAGCACAAUCUUCCUCAAACCCUAAACUCCAUCAAGAAUGGACUCGCCUCUUAUUCUUCCAGUUCUGCUACCUCAUCUUUCUCUUCGCUUUCUCUCUCCUCUCCACCGCUGCCGUUGUUUUCACCGUUGCUUCUGUCUACACCUCCAAGCCCGUCUCUUUUACUUCUACAAUCUCUGCAAUCCCUCCCGUUUUCAAGCGCCUCUUCAUCACCUUCCUGUGGGUUUCUGUGCUCAUGAUCGUUUAUGACAUUGCCUUCAUUGCCUCUCUUGUUGCUCUCAUCAUAGCCGUCGAUACCCACAACCUACUUCUUUUCUUGAUCGCUCUCAUUGCCAUUAUUACGCUCUUCCUCGUCGUUCACGUCUACAUUACAGCUCUUUGGCACCUAGCAAGUGUUGUGUCGGUUCUCGAACCGGUUUAUGGGAUUGCAGCGAUGAGGAAGAGUAAGGAAUUGUUGAAGGGGAAGACUCAGAUGGCUGCGAUGCUUGUUUUCGGGUAUUUAUCAAUUUGUGGGGCAAUCGGUGGCGUUUUUGGAUCGUUUGUGGUUCAUGGUGGGGAGAAUUAUGGAGUGUUCCUUAGGAUUGUGGUUGGUGGGUUCUUGGUUGGGGUGCUGGUUAUUGUGAAUUUGAUAGGAUUGUUGGUUCAGAGUGUGUUCUACUAUGUCUGCAAAAGUUAUCAUCACCAGGGGAUUGAUAAGAGUGCUUUGUAUGAUCAUCUUGGUGGCUAUCUCGGUGAGUAUGUGCCACUGAAGAGUAGUGUUCAAAUGGAGAGUAUGGAGAUCUGAGGGAGAGAGGAAAUGUAUGUUUAGUCUGUUUCACUAUGAGAAUUGUGUAAAUAAAGAAAGAUGUGUUUGGUUAGUAUUUGUUUGAUUCUCU